UCUCCAUUCGUUCUCUUAUCCUCCUUUCAUGGCGAUGGCUGCCAUCGCUAACCCUUGCGCCCUCUCGCCGACCACCGCCCUCGCCUCCCAAAAGCUCGUUGCUCCUCACUUUGUCUCGCCUCUCUGCCCCUCCUCCUCCUCCUCAUCUUACCCUUCCUUGGCCUUCCACAAGCUUCACAUCCUUAUCAAACCACGACUUCAGAUCGCUCCUAGAAGGUUCGAAGUUUCCCCGCUUCGCGCUGAGCUCUCAGCCGUCGCCGACCCGGAGACCGAUCUCGAGGAUGGUGAAGCCGGAUCCGAAUCGGCCGUCGCCACCGUCGCCGCUCCGACCAAAACCAAGACCGGCAAGGCCGCUUUGCCCCUCAAGAGGGAUAGGACAAGGUCCAAACGUUUUUUGGAGAUACAGAAAUUGAGGGAGAACAAGAAGGAGUAUGAUGUGCCCGCUGCAGUCUCGCUUCUCAAGCAGACGGCGAGCACGAAAUUUGUGGAGUCCACAGAGGCGCAUUUCCGCCUCAACAUCGAUCCUAAGUACAACGACCAGCAGCUGAGGGCCACGGUGAAUCUGCCGAAGGGGACUGGGCAGACUGUUAAAGUGGCUGUGCUAACCCAAGGUGCAAAAAUUGAUGAAGCCAUGAAUGCUGGAGCUGAUAUAGUUGGUGGAGAGGAAUUAAUAGAGCAGAUAAAAGGUGGAUUUAUGGAUUUUGAUAAGUUAAUUGCUUCUCCAGAUAUGAUGCCCAAGGUUGCCAGUUUGGGAAAACUUUUAGGUCCACGUGGACUUAUGCCUAAUCCUAAAGCUGGUACAGUCACCACUGAUAUACCUCAGGCUAUCCAAGAAUUCAAGAAAGGUAAAGUCGAAUACCGGGUGGAUAAGACUGGGAUUGUUCACGUACCUUUUGGGAAGGUUAAUUUUUCAGAGGAAGACCUUAUUAUCAAUCUGAUGGCUGCACUAAGAUCAAUUGAAACAAACAAGCCUUCCGGUGCAAAAGGAGUAUACUGGAAGAGUAUUCAUAUUUGUUCAUCAAUGGGACCUUCAAUUCGAUUGAACAUAAGAGAAGCACUGGACUACAAAUCCCCUGCAGCGUAGGACUGAAGCUCAGAUUGGCACAUGAAAUACUUGGUAGCAUAAUUUGCCUUGAGACCAUGGCAACAAGCACUACACAACUCAAAGAUGACCUACACCACAGCCAAUUUAGGUAUGGAAUUGUUGUUAUCUGAAUAGUAGGUUUGUGUAAGUUCGAUGAUGGUGUGCCAUUUGGUAGAAAUGCACAAUGCAUAUCCCCAAAUGCAGCAGCUCUCUACAAUAUUAUUCUCUUCUCACUGGUC